AGCGGCGGCGGCUCCGGUGGCUCCUCCUCCUCCUCUGGUGGCGGUGGCGCCCCGGGCCCGAGCCCCGGCUCCCCUCUCCGCCACCCCGCGCGCCCCCUCCUUCCCCGGCGCCGCGGGGAACAUGAGGCUCCGCUCCCGGAGGCCGGCGAGUGAGUGACCCCCGUCCCCCGCCUCAGCCCGCCCGCCCGCUGGCCCGGCCGCUCCCCCCCGCCUCGCCCAGGCAAUGACAGCGGCUCCGGCGUCUCCGCAGCAGAUCAGGGACCGGCUGCUGCAGGCCAUCGACCCCCAGAGCAACAUCCGGAACAUGGUGGCGGUGCUGGAAGUCAUCUCCAGCCUGGAGAAAUACCCCAUUACCAAAGAGGCACUGGAGGAAACUCGACUUGGGAAGCUCAUCAACGACGUCCGCAAGAAAACAAAGAACGAGGAGCUCGCCAAGCGGGCCAAGAAGCUGCUGCGGAGCUGGCAGAAGCUCAUCGAGCCCGUGCACCAGAAUGAGGCGGCGCUGCGAGGGCUGGCGGGCAGCACCGGCUCUGCCAACGGGGGUGCUCACAACUGCCGGCCGGACGGGGGGGCGGCCGGCGCGCCCAAGAGCAUCCAUGAGCUGAAGAACCGCAAUGACAUCCAGAGGCUGCCUGGACAGCGGCUGGACAGGCUGGGUAGCCGCAAGCGCCGGGGAGAUCAGCGUGACCUCGGCCACCCUGGGCCACCUCCCAAGGUCUCCAAAGCCAGCCACGACUCCCUGGUACCCAACUCAUCCCCUCUCCCCACCAACGGCAUCGGCGGGAGCCCCGAGAGCUUCCCUGGUGCCCUGGACGGCAGCGGGCACGCGGGCCCCGAGGGCAGCCGCCUGGAGCACGGCGAGAGCGACAAGCACGGCGGCAAGAUUCCUGUGAACGCCGUGCGGCCGCACACCAGCUCCCCGGGCCUGGGCAAGCCCCCGGGCCCCUGCUUGCAGACCAAGGCUGCGGUGCUGCAGCAGCUGGACCGGGUGGGUGAGACUCCGGGGCCCCCCCACCCCAAGGGGCCGCCUCGCUGCUCUUUCAGUCCCCGGAACUCACGGCACGAGGGCUCCUUUGCCCGGCAGCGGAGCCCGUACACACCCAAGGGCUCCGUGCCCAGCCCCUCUCCACGGCCCCAGGCGCUCGAUGCCACACAGGUGCCAUCGCCGCUUCCGCUGGCCCAGCCGUCCACACCACCCGUGAGGCGGCUCGAGCUGCUGCCCAGUGCCGAGAGCCCGGUGCGCUGGCUGGAGCAGCCUGAGGGCCACCAGCGGCUGGCGGGGCAGGGCUGCAAGGGGGGGCUGCCCCCGGCCGAGCCCCUCCUUCCCCGGGCGGGCUUUUCCCCGGACUCCUCCAAGGCGGACAGCGACGCUGCCUCGUCUGGUGGCUCGGACAGCAAAAAGAAGAAGAGGUACCGGCCUCGUGACUACACGGUGAACUUGGAUGGGCAGGUGGCGGAGGCGGGUGUCAAGCCCGUCCGGUUAAAAGAGCGGAAGCUCACUUUUGACCCCAUGACCAGACAGAUCAAACCUCUGACCCAGAAAGAGCCAGUGCGGGCUGACAGCCCCGUGCACACAGAGCAGCCCAGGACAGAGCUGGACAAGCCCGAGGCCAAGGCCAGCGUCCAGAGCCCUUUUGAACAGACGAACUGGAAGGAGCUGUCGCGCAACGAGAUCAUCCAGUCCUACCUGAGCCGGCAGAGCAGCCUGCUCUCGUCGUCAGGCGCACAGACCCCAGGGGCUCACCACUUCAUGUCUGAGUACCUGAAGCAGGAGGAGAGCACCCGGCGCGGGGCCCGGAAGCCACACGUGCUGGUGCCUCACAGCGCGCCCACGGACCUCCCGGGGCUGAACCGCGAGGUCACGCAGGACGAUCUGGACAGAAUCCAGGCCCACCAGUGGCCAGGGGUGAACGGGUGUCAGGACACACAGGGUAACUGGUAUGACUGGACGCAGUGCAUAUCGCUCGACCCGCACGGGGACGACGGGCGGUUGAACAUUCUGCCUUAUGUCUGCUUGGACUGA